AUGGCCAACACGGCUACACCACCGUCCAAUAAUGACUCGCCCACGAGCAAGCCAUUGCCCACGAGGAAGAGAGCCAGCGAUGCGACGCCCGACGACAAACCCAAGAGAACACGCACUGGCUGCUUGACAUGCAGGGAGCGCCAUCUCAAGUGCGAUGAGACCAAGCCAACGUGCAACAACUGCCUCAAGUCCCAGCGCGAGUGCAAUUGGGGCAAGAAGCUCAACUUCCUCGACACAACCUGCGAGAGAAACGCAUACCUGAUCCCCCAGGGUAUCGACUACCAGAUAGCCUUCAUGGACGAGUCACGGACCAUUGCUUCGGAAUACGUAGGCGGUCGAGAGAUGUAUCCAGUCGAGGAUAUGGAAGCAAACGCACCCAUGGGCAACAACGGUUUUGGCAUGAGACCACCAACUUCGUCGCGCCAGCACAUUCCUCCUAUGCAGGGCAUUGCACAGGAGUCGUACCAGCAAGCACAACUCUCCUAUAAUUUUGAACAGCCGGCACAGCAGCACCAUGGACGUUCAAUAUCAAGUUACUCAAACGGCCCAACACCGUCCCCAUACACGAUGGAACAUUCCGCAAGCCCCGGGCCCUUGCCCACGCGCGAUUACCUCAAGAGCCAGGAGGAGGUUUUAUACAUGCAAGUCUUCGUCGAGGAGAUUGGCAUUUGGAUGGACAGCAUGGAUGCGCACAAGCAUUUCUCACGCCUAUUACCCUUUCAUGCGCUGAACGAGCCUAUGCUGUUACACGCUUUCCUCGCAUGCGGUGCGCGCCAUCUUGCCCUUGUCAAUCCCAAGUAUAGCGAAGAAAAGGCACUGCACUACUAUGAUGUAGCUACACGCGAUCUGUUACACUCUUUGCAGGAUCCCGACCGCGACACCUUCCUGUGUGCGACCACGGCGGUAAUAUUGAACGUAUAUGAAAUUAUGGGCGAACGUGCGCUACAACGGAUGAACCACAUUGCGGGAGCUCGUGCUUUGAUCAAGGAAUGCCGAUGGAAUGCUAGAUCGACGGGCAUUGGAGCGGCCUGUUUUUGGCUUAACGUUGGCAUGGAGAUCUUGAGCUGCUUGCACUUCAACUGGCAAGUUGCGUGGGAUCCAGACGAAUGGGGCAUCGAGAUGGACUUCACACCAGAGACCGAGUCGGGUAAGGAAGAAGUCUGGACACACCGCAUUCUGUAUGUCGUCGCAAGGAUCUGCAACUUCCGUGCGUCAAUACCGAGGAACCAGGAAGUCGCCAGGCAAACCUUGCAGGACCGACACAACGAAUGGCUUCGGCUAAAAGACAUGACGGACAGGUGGAACGAGAACAUACCGCGCACCAUGCACCCGAUGGCAUAUCUAUAUCCUGGACAGACCAUAUCAGGCUCAGCGUUCCCUGAAGUCUGGCUAAUCAAGAGGGCAUCGAUAAUCGCGCGGCUCUUCUACCACACAUCCCUUGUCUUACUAGCGCAGAUCAACCCACUGCAAGGCCCUAGCGAACCUGACAUGUGGGCUAUGCUUGAGCAAAACUCCAAAUUCAUCUGCGGUAUCAGUGCACACGUCAAGGACCGUGGUGUAGCCAGUGUCGCGCUUCGAUCUCUCGCCAUUGCUGCCGAACCACUUACGGACCGACGCGAACAAGAAGAGGUGCUCCAGAUUUUCGACAAGAUCAGGCAAGAAACAGGCUGGCGUGUAGGAUUCGUCAAUACAGAGCUGAAGCAGAAGUGGGGCUGGGAUACACCGCAAAACCAAGAGCAGAAGCCACAGCAGCAACCACCGCCUCCGCCGCCUCCACAGCAACAGCAGCAAAUGAACGGACAUAUGCAAGAAGGCAAUGUUGUAUAUCAACAACAACAACAACAGCAGCAGCAGCAGCAGCAACAACAGCCCCAAGUCGUCGUCCAGCAGCAGAUGCCGCAAGUCUCGGUAGCACCUGCUCCGGUACAGCGGCGCGCUUUUGGCAAUCCUCUGCUUGUGGCAGACUUCAGCAUGCCACAACACCCAUACCAAACCCACUAUGUACCCGCAAACAUAGUCCAGCAACAGCAACCGCAAACAUUACUCCAACCGCCACUGACCGCGAUGAACGGAUAUGGCGGGCAACAUUUCUUCUAG